AUGGAGGCCAGAGUUGAUCUGCAGAGAGAAUCCUUCUCCUGUUCCAUCUGUCUGGAUCUACUGAAGGAUCCAGUGGGUCUCCCCUGUGGACACAGCUUCUGUCAGGUCUGUGUUGAUGGUUACUGGGAGGAAAAGAACUUCUACCAGUGUCCUCAGUGCAGACGGACCUUCACCCCGAGGCCUCUUCUGCAGAAGAACAUCAUGUUAGCAGAGUUAGUGGAGGAGCUGAAGAAGACUGGACUCCAAGCUGCUGACCUCUGCUAUGCUGGACCUGAAGAUGUGGCCUGUGACUCCUGCACUGGGAGGAAGCUGAAAGCCCUCAAGUCCUGUCUGCUGUGUCUGACCUCUUACUGUGAGCAACACCUCCAGCCUCAUCUAGAAGCUCCGGCCUUCAGGAGACACAAGCUGGUCCAGCCGUCCAAGCAGCUCCAGGAGAUCCUCUGCCCUAAACACGAUGAGGAGAAGAUGUUCUGUCGUACUGAUCAGCAGGUCAUCUGUCUCCUCUGGUGGAGAGCACAAAAGUCAUUCAUGUAGCAGUCUCAUACAAGAACAUCAGCAGAUCAAGACAAGAAAGUAGAUUUGGAUAUAAUGACAAAUCUUGGUCUUUAUGGUGUCACGACUCUGGUUGUUCAUUCAUACACAACAGCAUCAUAACUGAAGUCUCCACAGCUCCACCCUCCAGAGUGGGAGUGUACCUGGAUCACUCUGCAGGUCUUCUGUCCUUCUACAGCGUCUCUGGAACCAUGACCCUCCUCCACAGAGUCCACACCACCUUCACUCAGCCUCUACACGCUGGAGUCUGGGUCUGGUCCUCCUCAUGUGAGAUCCUGAAGCUGAACUAGACAAGAGUGUGAGACUUGCUUUGGUCAUUGUGUGUUCAGAUUUCAGUCCAGCGAUGAUCUGUAUGUCACUUUAAAUGUGCAAAUACCUGAAGUUCGAUAUAUAAAAUGUCCUUGUGCAUGAUUUUCAUGUUGUGAUUAUUGUGAGUUUUCCCCCUAUUAUCUUUGGCUGCAUGUCUCUCUGGACAGUUCCAUGAAAUGCAUCUGACUGAGGUCAUCUCUCUGUGUUAUUGUGUGUUGCUGUGUCUUCUCUCUUGUGUAGACACUGUCAGUGGAUGUUGUGUCACUGUCAUGUGAAGUGAGAGGAAGCUGGACUGUGAACACAUCAGUGUGAGUCUCACAGAAGUGGAGGACGUGUGUUCAGGUGAUGGUGAGGAGGGUGUUGUGUUCAGCAGUCGGACAUGUUGUGCUGUGCACAGUAUUUUGGAUUUGAGGUACGUUCACAUGAAGCGCUUCAGUUUUAGCUUCAGAUAAUCUAGUUUUGAUGGAGCAAUGUUUCCCCUGGAUCUGAGCAGCAGCUUUCACACGUGUGGAGAAGAGUUGGAGGUUUGGAUGGAGCCAUGUGAGGGGACAUGAGUGGCACUGGAAUGAUGACUCAGAUACACAUGUGCAUGAAGAAUCUAGUGUGAAAAUGGUGAAUGGCAGCAGGAUCAGAAUGUACAU